AUCUGUGUUUUCAAAUUUUGUAUUGGAUGAAGUGAAGUGUCAAAAUGCUGUCGAUAUUCGACUCCAUUCCUACAUAUAUGGACUACAAGGGACAAAAACUUGCAGAACAAAUUUUCCAAGGAAUCAUACUCGUUUCUGCGGUUAUUGGGUUUGUUUAUGGCAUGAUGAUCGAACAGUUCGGCUGGACAGUUUAUAUUAUGUUGGCUGGUUUCACUGUGUCUUGUGUGCUCACGCUUCCACCGUGGCCGAUAUACCGGAGACAUCCCUUGGUUUGGCAACCGGCGUUACCGGAGUCAUCGGGAGACAUACGAGAAAAACCUCAAGAGAACCAGAGGAAGCAGAGGAAGCACAAGUAGAGAAUCGGCUUAUUUGCACACAAAUCAAUUUAUUUUCUGUAGUUUUCUAUGAUAUGUUCAAUCCCCA